GAGUACUUAAACGCUUUUGUAAUUUUCCUAAGACUAAUAAUCGCAAAUAACCAAAGUAUAUUUCACUUUUUUUAACCUCUAAUCAGAAGAUCUUGCCACCAAUAUGCACUCUCUUCUUAUUUAGUCUAUUAUCAUGUUACGCUCUUGAUAAUCUUCUCUUACUCUCAGUAUAUUCAGCGUUUCGUUCUCGCAAAAAUAAUGAUAAAAUUUCAUCAAAAUAAACAUUGUAUUGUUUGACGCUUUGGUAUAAAUGUGCCAAAUAUUUGCGUAUCUUACAAAUUUAUAACCGCACUUUCGCUGUACAAACUAAGCGCCGUUGAUUAUGAGAGCAUUUGACAUGUUUAUGUCACAAACUUUUGACAACCAUAAUGUGAGAUAAUUUUCCAUUGAUAAGAUAAAUAAGGUGCUAAAUACUAAAAGCAAACAUAUGAGCGCGUGUAUCUUCGACAAAAAUAGAAAACAAAAAGUGACUGAUCCAUCUCAGCGUUGCCGCAAUAGCAACAGUUGCCAAGUGUAUGUAUAUUGUGGUGCGCCACAAAAGAAAAACAAUAACCUCAAGUCAAGUCAAGUCAACAAGCGCAUACAAAAUAAGCAACAUCGUGCACCGGCGAGAAAUCAGCUAUUCAGCCGUUACUUACAACAAACUUCCGGCAGCCAACGAGAGCGUUUGAGCAUAUCAAAACAAAGACAGCAAUCGAUAUACCGUAGAGUAGAUGUCUCUUUAGUUUUGGUCAUUUGCUGACUGCGAGAGCGCGCUCACCAACUGAGGGCUGCUUGGCAGACUGGCUGGUUGUUUGGGUUGUCGGUUUGUUUGACAGUAGUUGCAGCCGCGAGACCUGCUGAACGUUUCAGCUGUUAUUUUUGACUUUACGAUUUCAGUCUGAGUUCGAGAAUCUAAACAAAAUGUUGGCGUGACGGUUGAUGUACGCGCGCGUAAGCAACAAAACGUUGAUAAAAUUUGCAAACUUCAUAAAAAAGAAAAAUAAACAAAUAAGUGCAAUCGAUAAAUGUAUGCAGUUAGUUAGUGCGUACUUAAUAAAUUUUUGUAAAAAAAAAUUUUAUUAAAAAAAAAAUUUUAUUAAAAAAAAAAUUUUACUGAAAAUUUUUUUCUUGAAAAUUAGCUGCAAAUUGUUUGCAAGCUUUCAUUUGCAUUAAAAAGCAGCUGAAGUUUUGUGUAAAAGUGUAAAGUGUAUAGAAAGUGCAAAAAUUCUUUGGUCAAAGCAUUGCAACCAGCAGGAGAAGCCACAAUAAUUCCGACGUGUAAUGAGCUACAGGAACUGGUUUUUGAUAAGUACAUACAUAUACGUCUAAAGACUGUAUGUGCCUGCAAUCAGACAACAAGUGGCAAAGUGAUUACGUUGAAGUCGUAAAAAUUUACAAAACAACAAUAAAAAAGUUGAAAAGUUACAAAGGAAGUCAAUUCAUGUACAGUGCAAGAACUUGAUAAAACAAAACACAAAAAACGCAUCAAAAUAAAAAUACAACAACGCAAGCAGGAAAAGCAGUGCAACAAAUUAACGAGAAAAUUAUAACUCGAAACACACAACAACGCGCAUUGCUGCAACAGUUGUUAUUGAGCCGGCUACAGACAAGACGUGUGCACCAGCAUGGCUUCCCUGCAGCAAUACCAACACCAGAAGCGGCCAAGCAUCACCAACUGGUUCUCCUCACUACGCCGACAGCCAAAGAAUAAGAAAGCCGCCGCAUUGCAAACUGGCGGCGACAAGCAUUUUCAACGCAGCUGCAUCGAUCUCAGCGCCAACAGCACCUUCUAUGUGCCACAAGUGGAGCUUGGCGGCGGUGGUUUGUCGGCUAAGAAGGGGCAAUGUUACUUGCCCAGCGCAGGCGCAUCUAUUGACAAUCUGCAGGACGAUGAAGAUGCCACAAGUGACGACAAGCGCGCUUUGGUGAGUGGCAAACGUGUCUCGCAGUUGUGCUCACGUUGUUGCUGCAGCAGCAAGUAUGCGACGUCAUCACGUCCUGAAACGCCGCAAAUGCGGAAACGUGCCGAUACAACGCCGGCACACGUGAAUACGAAGCCAACAAUACCAGCAACGACAAAGUCGAAAACAAAAUCACCAACACCGUACAUCACUAUGGCCAGCUACAAUAUACCCGCGCUCACCGACAAUCCCAUUUAUGAAGGCCUAACAACGGCGCCCAUCACGUUGAGCAGUCAACAUACCGUGGAGAAGGAAGUGCAACGCAAUGUCGAAGUGACGCACGCGCCCUGCGACGAACCGAAUACGCUGCUGCUGACAAAACGUUCGGAAUUCACACGCUCUGUGACCACUACCAUACAAAACACUAUGGUGAUAACGCGUCCCGUCGAAUUGGUGUUGAACGAGCGCGGUGAAGUGGUAGCGCGGCGGCCGCAACGUGAGCGCGUCAAACAACGCUCGAAUAGUUUGGAUAAUGUGCUGAAUGAGGAUGAGGAGAGCGGCGAUGCUGAUACGGUGAGCGCGAAUAGCAUGCCAAUUUGCGCAUUGCGGCACGGCGUAAGUCCGCUUAAUGAUGCCGGCGGCGAUUUGCGUUUUAUUGACGACAGUUCAACGUCACAAAGUGAAACGGAGCGCAGCGCGCAACACAACAACAAGGAGAACAAUAAGCCGAGUUGCAAUGGCAGCAAAGCGUUUGUGAAGAAUCUACCAGUGAAUUUGAGUGUGGGAGAAGAAGGCGGUGGCGGCGGUAGUAAUAGCGACAAGCUUAGCUGUGGUGACACUAACGGCUAUGACAACAACAAUUAUCUCUGCGAUGAUUGCCGGAAUGUCUUGGUGCGGAACCGCAACAAUGCGGCGCAAAAUGCUGUGAUACUGCGCAACAACAACAAGCAAAUCAAAGAUGAACUCGGUGAGGUCGUAUCGGAAAUGGAGGCGCUGGACGUGCCCGAAGAUAAUAAACAUUCCAAUAAAGAGAAACAAAUGUCAAUUGGGCGGAAAAAGUUUAAUAUGGAUCCAAAGAAAGGUAUUGAAUACUUAGUGGAAAAUCGCCUGCUUAGACACGACCCCCAAGAUGUUGCGCAUUUUCUCUACAAAGGCGAAGGUCUUAAUAAAACCGCAAUCGGUGACUACUUAGGCGAGAAGAACGACUUCAAUGAAGACGUGCUGAAAGCAUUCGUAGCGCUACACGACUUUACGAAUCUAAUAUUGGUGCAAGCUUUAAGACAAUUCCUGUGGUCAUUUCGGCUUCCGGGUGAGGCGCAGAAAAUCGACCGUAUGAUGGAAUGUUUCGCGCAACGCUAUUGCCAACUAAAUCCGGAUAUAUUCACAAAUACCGAUACGUGUUACGUGCUAAGUUUCGCCAUUAUUAUGCUCAAUACAUCGCUGCACAACCCAUCGGUUAAAGACAAGCCCACCGUUGAGCAUUUCAUUUCAAUGAAUCGUGGCAUUAACAAUGGCGGUGAUCUACCCCGCGGCCUAUUGGAAUCCCUUUACGAAUCAAUACGAACGGAACCAUUUAAAAUACCACAAGACGAUGGUAAUGAUUUGAUGCAUACAUUCUUCAAUCCAGACAAGGAGGGCUGGCUGUGGAAGCAGGGUGGACGUUAUAAAUCGUGGAAGCGACGCUGGUUCAUAUUGAAUGACAAUUGUCUGUACUACUUUGAGUACACAACGGAUAAAGAGCCCAGAGGGAUCAUACCACUGGAAAAUAUAUGUGUGCGUGAAAUACACGAUCGCAGCAAACCGCAUUGUUUUGAACUGUUCGCCACCGGUGGCGCUGAUAUUAUUAAAGCUUGUAAGACUGACUCCGAGGGAAAGGUUGUGGAAGGCAAACAUACGGUUUACCGCAUGUCGGCGGCAACUGAAGAAGAUCAACAAGAAUGGAUCAAACGUUUAACACAGUCGAUUAGUCAUAAUCCCUUCUACGAUAUAUUAGUACAAAGAAAAAAGAAGGCGCUUAGCAAAAGUUAGUAUCGGACGACGGACAAGCAUGCAAUGUUGACAAUCCAAAUGAUGGAUCUCAGUGCGCCUCGCCACCGUAAGAGCGAGGAAGUGAAACAGUGUCGAAGCCGUCGUCAAUGUCAACGACAACAACAACGCCAACACAGUCGUGUACGUGGCAUGCGCCGCCGCACAAACAGCCGCAAUGUUAGGUAGAAAGUUUGCGUGUGACACGCUGCGGCUGUAAGGAGUUUUAAGGAUAUUAAAAAAAAGACUGUGCCUGUGUUUGCGGCAUGAAGCCAAAGGCGCUCAUAUUUAUGUUAUGUCGUCUGUUGCUAAUAACGGCAUUGCAGUGAUGCAGCGGCAUACACUCUACAGUGUCUAGGCAUAACUUGGGGAAAAUAUUCGUAGAGCAAAGGCUGUUGUGACGCGUGUCUUUUUUUGUAACUUCUAACCUAAAAUACUGUACUAUAUACAGAUAUAGUAUGUUUGUAUGUCUCACUGAAACCCAGCUGUAGUGUAGUGUAUAUAGAAAAGAAAAAAAGUGUAGGUGAACGAUGUAAUUUGUAAUUAAUAGUCUAUAAAUAGUUUAUUGAGCUUGUCGAUCAUUUGUUCGUUUUCUAAUGUCCUAUGAAUAUUGAAUUGUAACUACUUGAUCGCGCACAAAACGCAGUUGUCUUUAUUGUUGUGAUAUAAUUUUUAAUUUAUGCUUAAAAUUUGUAUUGUAUUUAAAAAAAAAAAUGUUUUUUUGUUAAAUCAAUUAUGGAAGGAAGAAAAAGCUAAAACUAAUAUAAUUUCGAAUUAGUAACAUUUAAUAUUAAUGUCAAGCAAACUACUUAUGGAAAAUAUAUCCAAACACUGCUUAUUAAUGUUAUAUAUAGUAUAUUAAGAUGUUCGUUGUUUACCAUAAUGAUUUGCGAAAGUCGCCUGAGGUAUCAGUUUUUGCCCUAAAACAAAGAUCCAAAGUAAACAAGCGCAUUAAUUUCAAUUUAUGCGGUGUUGAUAUAUUAUUUCGUUCCCAUACAAUUGAAAGUCAUUUCUUUAUAUUUUGCAUUAAGCAAGUAAAGCUACAACUUUGAAAAAGUGUUAUUCAAUUACAAAUUUUCUUGCUCUAAAAAAAAGAUUCUAAUUUUUUUUCCAUUAAACAACUUCUUUAAAAGUUAUACGCAGUCAAAGUUAUACAUUAAAUGUACUGAGCAUUCACACGGGUGACUUGUGUAUACUGUGUUGCUCAUACGACAUGGUGUACUGUAUGAAUACAUUACAUAUUUAAGGCAUAAUUUUAACUUUUUUAUAAAAAAAAAAUUAUUAAGACUUUUUUUCAGCGCGUAAAAUUUUGAAUUAGAAUUUCAUACUUUUAAAGUUAUAGGUUUAUUUUUUUUGGAUAAAAAAAAUUAUCAAAAACUAGUAAAAUUUUUUCAGUACGGUCAAAAUUAAAAAUAAAGCGGUUUUUUAUAUUGGAUCUUUAUUUUUAGAGCAAAAUCUAAAAUUUAAAGGAGCGUUUGCAAAAAAAAUUCAAUUUGGAAAAUAACGGACACCGUUGUGCUACUAUAUGUGUAUACACAGCAACAUAUCGUGCGAAAGCUGGACUUAAACAGCUACCUUAUGCGUAAUUAAGUUAAUUUUAUGUAAAUCAAAGAAUUGUAAUUAGUUGUAUAGUAAUUAGGGUUCUGUUACACACACACACACACACAUGUAUGCAUGUUUUGUAAAAACAACAAACAGAAUAAAAGUAAUGCUCAGCAAUAAAUCUAGUUAGACAUGUACACACAUGCCACAUUAUAGGGCGUGUAUGUGUUUGUAUAUAUAUAAAAAUAUAUAAAGAAAAUUUCCUUAAAAGUGCUCGAAUAGUCUACCUUAUAAUUAAACAUAUGUAUGUAAUUAAGUAAUAUCAAAAAGUAAAAAAAAACAUUAAAAACAAGAAAUGAUAGAAAAAAAACCGAGUGAAGGAAACAAAAACAAACAAGAAAAGGCAACAAAAAAAAACAAGAAAAGGGGGAAAAAUCAAGAAAAGGCCACACAAAAAAAAAUAAAACAAGGAAAGGAAAAGCAAACAAAAAAGCGAACACGUCAACCAGUCAAAGAAAGUUCUUCCAAACAUUGAUAUUAAAACGCGUAAACCACAUGCUACUCAUAUAAGUUAGCAGUAAGGCAUAGUUGCAGCGGCAUAUACUAAAAAUUUGUAAAUAAACUGCAUUAUUACUAUACUUUACUUCGCAUAUUAGCCAUCAAUUUACGCAUGCGCAUGCUCAGCGCGAAAAUCGCAUUUAGUUGCCACGCGAAUUUAAAUUAAAUAACCAAAGUCGCUUGUAGCAUGCUAUAUAUAAAUAUUUACAUUUUAAAAUUUAAUAUUUGAAAAAAAAAAUUUAAAUUUGAAAUUUCAUAAACACAAACAUUUCCGUGAUGAUAUAAUAUUAUGAGCAGCUUUUUGUGACAUAAUAUGCGAAAACUAAAGUGUGGUAGCUUUAAAUAUAUACUCUUUUGUUGAAAAAAAUGCGGCUACUUGCUGUUAAGCGCCUAUUUUUGUUCGCAAGCAAUUUGUUUUCGGUAACUAGGAAGCAUCUGCUCAUGUUGAAGAGAGAUAGAGCAUAAUAAUAACUUUUUUUCGCUAGCUAGCUUGUCGUUUUUCGUCAGCAAUAAUUUUGAUCAAAGCAUAAUGAAGAAAGAGUUUUUUUAAAAUAACAAAUAUAAAUUAAAAACAUGUACUAGGGAUUUAUUUUUGUUUAUAUGAGAUUUAGCCAGGGUUGCAAAUAAUGCGUUGAGAAAAUUAUUGAUUAAACAUUUAAUUUAAAUUUUUUUUUUGCUUUGUAAACCCGAAAAUUUUAAUUAAAAAAUUAAUUUUAAUUAUUAGUACCAAGUGAAUGAAAAACAAAUUUAAUCCCGAAAUCGAAAUUAAAUUUUUGUACCCAACUUCUUGGUUUAAAUACUGAAAAUGUAAUUGUUAAUCCGUAAUUGGGCUUAAAAGAAAAAAUCUAAUAUUUAAACCAAAACUUUUGAAUUACAAAAUUCGCGAUCCUGGUGGUAAUAAUAUCGUUUCUCUGCAUUAACAACAAAUGUAAUCAAAUUGCUGUGCAAAAAAAAAAAAAAAAUUUUAAGUAAGCUAAAAAAUUCUUUAUACAGAAAUUUUCAUUAAAAAACGUUGGAAUUUCAUUCAAUUUAUUUUAAAAAAUAUUUAUUACAACAUAUUACAUAUAAACAACAAUAAAUUACUAGUAUUUGCAUUUUCACUCCAACAAAAAAAAAAUAAAACUUUGAAGCAAAAUCGUCCAAAAGUCACGUUAAAUAUUCUUAUAUAAGAAACCGCCCACAUAACAAUAAAUACAACAUCACAACGAAUGAAUAUACAACAAAAUUUGCUAAAGCUUAUGGUUACAAAAAAAUAGAACACCGAUUUUUCUCAAUGUAUUUUGGCGUAAGCUUGAUUUGCCUGUAAAACGUGUAUCUAUAUACAUAUAUAAUUAAAUAUUUAUGUAUAACGAAAAAUUAGCGCUUUAUACAACUUUUCAACGAUUGCAAUAUUAUUUUAUAUAAAUUAGUUUAGUUAGCGUAUGCAUGUAAUAUUUUUCAAAACUCUCUCCAAAAAAGCUUGCUUGCUUUGGAGUGUUUUUCCAACUACUUACUUUUUUCCUUAAAAAUGUGUGCGUUAUAUGUACAUAUGUAUGUACGUAACUCAUAUAUAUAUAUAGUGUAUUCGUCUUACAUGCAUACACACAUACAUACUUACACAAAUAUUAAGACAAACGUGUUUGUAUUAUACACCAUAAAUAGAAUUUGUAUGUAGGUAUUAUAGUGUAGUGGAUAGAAUAGUGAGUAUUUGUUUUGUAUCAGCUUUUGUCGUGAAUUGUAUUAUAUACUAUAAUUAUUAUAUAUAAAGAAAAUAUACAAAUUAAAUGUGUAAUAUAUAGCAGAAAAAUAAAUAAAAAAUAUGAUAAAUAUAAAGAAUAAUAAAAAAGUGCAUUUCGAAUGGAAAUUGUAAU